AUGUCCCCAUUUUUUUUUCUUUCUCUCUUUCUUUCUCGUUCUCUUUUUUUUUUUUUCCUUUCUCUUUCUCUCGUCGACCCUAAUGAGCUUCCUUCUUCUCUUUCUAGUCACAAUAUUCUCACUGUUUCUCUCUCGUCCUUCCACUUCUUUUUUUUUCUUUCUUCAUUUCUUCUUUCUUACCUUUUCUUUCCCUUCCGCACCUCACUCUCUCCUUUUAAAAAUCUAUCUACCUAUCUUUCUCAGAUUAAUUUCUCAUUUUUUUUUCACCUUCUUUUUUUUAAUAAAUUUACUAUUCUUUCUUUCUAUCGACAUCCAUCUACUUGCAUCUUUCUGCACACAUGUUUUUCUACACCUCACAUCUUAUCUGCACCCCUUUUUACCUCAUAUCUUUUUUACACGCAUCAUUUAUUUUACACCUUUUUUUUUACACCUGAACCAUUUUCUGCAACCAUCCUUUUUUACACCUCACCUCUUCUCUGCACCCCUUUUUACAUCUCACCUCUUAUCUACACACGUCGUUUUUUUUUACAACUCAACCAUUUUUUGCACCCAUCCAUUUUUACACCUCAUCUCUUCUCUGCUCCCCUUUUUACAUCUCACCUCUUUUCUACACGCAUCGUUUUUUUUUACAGCUCAGCCAUUUUCUGCACCUAUCCUUUUUUUUUUACACCUCAUCUUAUUUCUGUACUUCUCUCUUAA